UAUUACAUGCAUUCGACGCUUCGCAAGACGGACAAUAACCGUAUUGCCCGCGCAACCGGGGCAAAAGUUGUUAGUCGUAUUGAAGAGCUCACGAAGGACCACAUUGGACAGGCAGGAUUAAUGGAGAUUAAAAAGAUAGGAGAUGAGUAUUUUACCUUUAUCACUGGCUGCAGCUCCGGCAAGGCGUGUAGCGUGGUUUUGCGUGGUGCCAGUAAAGAUACCCUUAAUGAGAUGGAACGCAACCUUCAUGAUGCCAUGUGCGUGGCCCGUAAUAUCAUCCUUGAUCCGCGUGUAGUGUAUGGUGCUGCCGCCGUGGAAAUGUACGUCUCAUCCUAUCUUAUGAAUCGUUCGAAGAGCAUCACAGGUGUCCAGCAGGCGGCCUACCAGGCCGUGGCGAUGGCCCUUGAGGUGGUCCCACGCAUAUUGACAAGCAACUGCGGCGCAAACGUCAUUCGCACUGUUACGGAAUUACGGGCGCGUCACUCCAUGCCAGACGGUAACUUCUGGGGCGUCGAUGGCACCACCGGCGAGAUUGUUGACGUCCGGGUGCUGCAGGUGAUGGAGCCUGCCGCCGUGAAGGUGCAGGCGCUUAAGACAGCCAUUGAGGCUGCGUCGAUGAUUCUGCGCGUGGAUGAUGUGGUGUCUGGCACCAAGUUGCGUCACGGCAAUGAGAAGCCUGCACCCGCUGCGGCGAAAGGCGAUGAUGAUCAUGGCGAUGCCGCGGCUGCGGAGUGA